AUGUCACUUCAAGAAAUCUAUUCAGGCAAAACUAAUGGUUAUGUUCAAAGUUUUCACUCUGCACAGUGGGGAGGUGAUCGCUAUCUUGCAUAUGGAACUGGAAGUAAUUUAGUGAUAUAUAAUGGCUGUUUGGAACAGAUUCAAACGAUAGACGUUUUUAAAUUAUUAAGGGACAUUAAUCAGGAAACGAAACUAGAAAAUAAUGUAGUGUCAGUUGAGAUUUCAGAAAUUGAUGGCAAGAUUGCGUUGACUAUCGGCACAGAUGCACUUGUAUUAUAUCCACAACAAGUCAAUAAAAAUGUACAAUGGAAAUUAAUGAAAAUAUUGAAACAUGAUUAUCCAAUAUUCUGUACCUCCUGGAAUGGUGAUCAACUAUUGGUUGGCGGUAAUUCACUCACUAUUUGGAAAGAAGUCAUAUCACCUAAUCAAGAGAUUUCAGUAAAAUGGACAAAAUUAUGGGAACAAAGAGUCUCCGCAAAAACAAUACUUGUGCAAUUUUCACCUGAUUAUACAUUGUUUGCUUCUAUGGGCGAUAAUGAUAGGUUGGUGAAAAUUUGGUGGAAUCCUCACAGUAGUGAGACGAAGGAUCGACAAUAUGAAUUUAACUACUUACCACAUCCAAGAGCCGUGACCAAUUUUACAUGGAGAAAAGGUCCUCCUGAACAAAAAAAUUCUGUAGGUUCUAAUAUUCUCAUAACAAUGUGUAAAGAUGGAAUCUGUCGAAUUUGGGCAUCAACAAAUCCCGAUGAGCCACAAUUCCUCUACAUAUCAACAGUGGUUGAUCCAUCACAAUCACUAGUUACACUUCAAACAUUGGAAGAAGAAACAUAUAAUGAGGAUCCUAAUCUUUUUACUUCAAUACAUUGGAUCGAUUCGAAAGAAUUUUUAAGUGCACUUAGAUCAAGUAUUGAAACAUUUGAUGGGGAGAUAGAUGAUUCUAAUUUUGGGAAAGGGUUGAGGAAAUUGAGAAAUUUGGCGAACGAUACACCUGAUUUGUUGUAUCAGGUUCAAAGAGAUGGAUCGAUGGUUAUUUGGGGGAUUCGUGUGAGUUUAAGUAUCUUGAUGUAUAUGAAUGCCACCGAAAGAACCCAAACAACUGGCUUGAAUUUAUCACAUUACUGGGACUCUAAUAUUUAUUGUAGACCACGGCGAAUUCCGAAAGUUCUCGUAUUAUUACGUUUGGCUCAAGCGCUUCCUGUAUCAGAUGUUGAAUAUUUUUUUGGAAGAACAUUUACUUUUUACGAUAAUACACCUGCUGACAUUCUAAAAUCAUCAGUAGAGCUUGCUGUAAUUGCACAAAGUCCCCAAGGUCGAUUGAAUAAAUAUUCAAUUCGAUUGGUUGAUUUGUUUGAUAGUCUAUCAUCAAAUAUGCCAGUACAAUAUAAAUAUUCAUGGACUGGUCAUCAUAAUGAUAUAAUAAGUAUAAAAAAAGCACCAGUAGACGAUGUAUUAGUGUCACUUGCGAGAGCCGGAGAAACGAUUUUGUGGAAGAUCUCUAUGCCAGAUAUUGAUCAAAUUAACAAACGAAUUGGUCCAAGUAUUUUUGAAAAAUUUCCUGUUAAAAUUGAUUCUCAAAUAAAACUCGUUUGUGUUAUUUCACACGUGAACUGUUUGGCAGUUUAUGAUGGAGAUCGAAUUGUUGUGUUUUCUUAUGGUGCAAAAAAUGACCAUUUUGUUCAAAUAGCGAUUCUUGAAGAUUACGAUCCAUUGUUUGAGUUAAUUUUGUUAUUUAAUUUUCAACAUAUGAAAUCAUCUUUAACAACUUAUCUCGCUGGAGUUAGUUACCGAGAGAAUGCUGUCUUUUUAUGGAAAUUUACAAAUGAUUCAGUUCAACAGAUAGUAUUUAUAUCAAGGUCGUCACUUCAAAUGAAUUAUAAAAUUACGAAAGCAGUAUCAAUUGAACAAUUUACAGGUUCAACUGUAAGUAACUGCUUACCACAGGAUCGACACUACCCAGUUUUAGCAACUUUUAGUUCUGAAGAUGGAUACAUUAGACAUUGGCUGUGCAAUUUGGACAAUAAAACGGAUCAGAAAUCUCAGGCGACAGUGAAUAUUUGGUCGGAAGAAGUGAAGUUUUUUGUUGGAGAAGAUCCGAAGGUCAUUAAAUGUGGUCCACAAGGGAAGAUUGCUAUUGUAGUACUGCAAACUUCAAAUGGAUAUGAACUGAUUAUAUGGGGAUAUAUCACCAAGAAAUUGCCACCUACUAAGGAAUUUAUUGUAGAAUUUAAUGAGAGAAUUAUUGAUAUAGAUUGGUUAUUUACGUCGAAUGCUGAGCUUAUAUUAGCGAUCGCGACAUCGCGAAAGAUUUUGAUCUAUACUCGGGUGCGAAGACAUCAUAUUUCUGUCAGAACUAGUUGGCUUUUGUUUUUGGAGAUCGAUAUAAUGAGAGGUUCACUUAUUGUUGCUAAUGGAAAUCAGCUAAGAUGUUAUAAUAAAUGGUUGGAUCAUGAGAAUAAUAAUAAAGUAUCUAGAAUUACAGGGAUAAAUAAACAAUUCCCUACAUUAUUUCACGUUGUUGAUUAUUUAAAUGGACCAUUACCUCAUCAUCAUCCAACUUUAUUAUUGCAACAUAUUCUGUGGGGAAAAAUUGAAUUGGUAAAACAAAUACUUGCACACCUUUAUAAAUAUCUUAAACUUUUAAUUGGUGCUAAUAAGCCUAUUUCGAGAAUGCUUCCUGUACCAUUUGAUAAACUACUUGAAGACGACGAUUCUUCAAAGACAUCGAAGAAGACUCGUCGAUAUAGCAUUCUGUUUGGAGAAGAUAGUGAUGAUGAUGAUUCACAAGAAUCGGUUCUUGAUUUUACAGAAGAAGCAGCAAAUUUCUUAAGUGAACAAUUAAAGGUCAUUUCCUUACCGGAAUUGACAUCUGUUGAACAAGCACAGUUGCUUGCCUUAAUUGAUACAUUAAUUCAAGUGGAAAGUCAAAAACGAAGCUUGGAUGAAAAUGGGGUUCGAUAUGUAUUAUUCAUGAGAAGGUACCACUAUCUGAACAGAGCCACUUUUAGAGCACCUGGAUUAAGUUAUCGUGAUAUGAAUUGGGCAUUGCAUAGUGAUUCUCAGGAUUUGUUGAUUGAAUAUAGCACUGUUGCAUCAGGUGGAAAGCUUUUAUGGAAUGACGCAAGAGUUCAUGGGAUUUUUUUGUGGCUUAGAAGUAACGAAACAGUGCGACAACAAAUGGAGAUUAUAGCUCGUAAUCAUUAUAUGCAAAAAGAAGAAAAAGAUCCAACAGAUUGUUCACUUUUUUAUAUGGCAUUAAGGAAGAAGAAAUUAUUGUUAGGAUUAUGGAAAACGGCCAAUAGCCAUAAAGAGCAAGCUGUUAUGCUGAAAUUUUUGUCAAACAAUUUUGAAGAACCAAGGUGGAAGACUGCUGCUUCGAAAAAUGCAUAUGCAUUGUUGGGAAAACAAAGAUAUGAAUAUGCGGCUGCAUUCUUCCUUCUUAGUGAUAAAUUAAAGGAUGCUGCAAAUAUCU